UAUAUACAUAUAUAUAUAUAUUGUGACAGUGUGGUGAUCUGUCUCGCUGGGAUUCUUAACAAGCAGGUUGAAGGGCUCCAGGGUACUUGUUUUAUACAGAGGAAAGUGGCUUUUCACUUUCCUCAUGUCUUUGUAAAGUCCAUUUUGGGACCCCGAGCCUGGACAUUUCAAAGUGAUUUGGGAGGGAUGAAAUCUCCAAUCCUGGGACCAGGCAUUGGGAAUGGCCAGGAGACUGAUUGGUCAGGUGUGCAUGGC